CCGGCAGGGAUGAGUCGCCUCCACCCCAGCAGGGCUUCGCCUCCCUGCUCUUUGGGAGAGAACUGCACGGGCCACCAUCAUCACUUCAGGACCUCCAAGCUGCUUCACACGUCCGGCCUUGCUCCCACACACAGCACUCACCUGCAGCCCAACCUUUUCCCCACCGUGGACGUCCCUGACCAUGCCCACUACAUCAUCGGCGCGGUCAUCCUUUUGGUGGGGGUGACAGGCAUGCUCGGUAAUGCUAUGGUUAUUUAUGUGUUCUGUCGCAGCCGGACUCUGCGCUCGCCCAGCAACCUACUGGUGGUCAACCUGGCGACGGCUGACUUCCUGAUGUCUUUAACGCAGUCUCCCGUCUUCUUCGUGGCCAGCCUGCACCGUCGCUGGGUGUUUGGUGAACUGGCGUGCGAGCUGUACGCUUUCUGUGGAGCUCUGUUUGGAAUCACCUCCAUGAUGACGUUGACUGCCAUUGCGGUGGACCGCUGCCUGGCCAUCACACAGCCACUGGCGCUGAUGGGCGGGAUGAGUCGCCAGCGGGUCUUGAUGGUGAUGGUUGGGGUGUGGCUGUACUCCCUGGGCUGGAGUUUGCCGCCGUUCUUUGGGUGGAGUGCUUAUGUCCCUGAGGGACUUCAGACAUCCUGCAGUUGGGACUACAUGAGUUUCACGGCUUCGGUGCGCACCUACACCAUCCUGCUCUUCGUCUGUGUUUUCUUCGUCCCACUUGCUCUCAUUGCUGGGUGCUACUUUGCCAUCUUCCGGGCGGUGCGGCAAGCUGGUCAAGAGGUGCAGCAGCUAAGCAGCGGAGAGACGAGUAAGGCUUACGAGCGUCUGAGGAGUGAGUGGCGAUUGGCUAAAGUUGCUUUGGGAGUCAUCUUGUUGUUUAUUAUUUCCUGGUCACCAUAUUCUGUGGUUGCCCUGACUGCCACUGCGGGCUAUGCCCAUCUGCUCACUCCCUACAUGAACUCAGUUCCGGCCCUCAUUGCCAAGGCCUCCGCCAUCCACAACCCCAUCAUCUACGCCCUCACACAUCCAAAAUACCGAGCUGCCAUUGGUCGUUAUAUCCCACUUCUGCGCACUGUGUUGCGGCUAAAGGAGAAGGAUCUCCGUUCAUCUUACAGCUCGAGUGCGGCGUCGUCUCGCCGUACGACUCUGACGGGCUCACCGGCAGUUCGACUCAGUGCCAGAGCCCGGACCAACGGCCAGUGGGGGAAGAGCCGGCUGUCCUCUGCGUCUGACAGUGAGUCCUGCUGGACAGAGAGCGAAGCCGAUGGAUCGAGCGCCGGAUCGACCGCCUUAAACCGGCAAGUGUCCACACAGGUCACCGCUGAGCCACAGCACUUCACCCAGCCGAGCCAGCAGAAAGGAACCAUCGACAAUGACUCAACUGACAAAGAUGCUGCAACUGAGGCCAAACCACUGCUGCUUCCUCUGUGACCCCCUGUUGCACAACUGGCUCUGUCCUCAACAGCGACUCCCAGAAAAACAACAGAAGAAGAAAUACAUCAAAGUUGGACUUUUGCUGACGUUCCUGCUUUGCAUAGAGUCUUUACU